CACACUGCGACUUGUUCAUCAUCUCCACCCCCGGUGAACGGAUACUUCUGCGGGCGGGCCGCUGCCUCCACCGCCGGUCUGAACCGGCUUCGCGUGACAUGAACGUCGCUCGUCCCCGCGGCUCAUGACUCUCCGCCUGCAGGCCUCAACGCAGCAUGUUGCCACCUGUCCACACUCCAGGAUCUCCAGCGGGCAGACGGUGAGGACCGGUCGCCGCGAUGCGAUGUGUGUGAGGGACCAGUGGCAGUGUUGCGGCCCCAGGCGGGAUGCUGCUGACGGCCGCAUGUGUCCAAAGGGCUGCAUCUGCCAACGCGACCUCCACCUCCACGGCCUCAACGUGACCUGCAGUCAGUCCCGCCUCAAGGAGAUCCCCCCGAGCCUCCCGCUGGACACCGUCCUGCUGAGGCUGGACCACAACCAGAUCGGCGCCGUGCCGGAUCAAGCCUUCCACGGACUGCGGCUCUUGAGAGAACUCAACCUCUCGUACAACGCGGUGGAGACCUUGGGGGAAGGCGCCUUCAGCGGCAUCGAGGCCACGUUGCAGGUGCUGGACCUCUCCCACAACCGCAUCACUAGCGUCCACAAGGAUGCCUUCGCUCGGCUCAAGGCCCGCGUCAUCGUGGACGAUAACCCCUGGCACUGCGACUGCGCCCUCCAGCAGGCCAUCGGCGGGAUGUCGCACAACCACGAGGCCGCCGUCCGGGUCCUCUGCAGUAGCUCGGAGCUCCGCGACCACGAGGGUCGACCGUUCUUGGCGGUGGAUACCGACCUCUGUAGCCUGGCCAAAAGGACCACAGACUACGCCAUGCUGGUGACCAUGUUCGGCUGGUUUGCCAUGGUCAUCUCCUACGUCGUGUAUUACGUCCGUCAGAACCAGGAGGACGCCCGGCGCCACCUGGAGUACCUCAAGUCGCUGCCCAGCAAUCCCAAGAAACCCGACGAGGCCGGCGACAUCAGCACCGUCGUCUGACGGCGGUUUCCAAGCGACACCGAACGAACGCCAAAAUGUUUAUUGUAACCGGACCCACAUUUGUAGUGUUUACUAUUCCAAACUUGUAGGUGACGUGAGCAUCAACUCUUUGUAUUUUAGGGAUUGUGUCUUAUGUUCUUACCGGUUUGUUGACGUCUGAUCUGAGAUGAGAAGGAAGGCCAGAGAGUCGAAGAGUCGAACACCGACAUUGUCUUUUCUACAACAACAAAAAUUGCAUACGGAGCUUUGAACAUUUUAAUCUCAGGUUCAAACAUUGACAUGAUAAUGGCUUUUUAUAGAUGAAAAUUUGGAAUCUCUGAUAAAAAAAGAAGAAAUAUAUGUGUAAGACUUGACACCCUAAACUUCAUUUCCCAGAGCCCUCGUUUUGGUAUCUCAAAGCUCCGCGUCAAAAUGUACACCGGGUUUGGCGAACACUCGUUAAACCGACCGCUUCUUUCAUUCCCCUUCAAAUUAACUGGAAACUGAAAUUUAUAUUGACAGCAUUUCUGAGGCUAUUGCCUGCUUAUGGAGACCAUUUGAUCUGUACAUUGUGUUAUAUUUUCGACCAGUAAGGCCUUGGAUAUGGGGUAUUAAGUAGUCAUAUCUCCCCGCUUGCCGGGAGCUUUUUAUUCAGACAAUUCCAAAUGAAAUAAACAAUUCUUAAGAGACGGGUAAGCACUCACAGAAGCAUGGAGUACACCAUGUCGCAGGUAAAGAGAAUACUGGAUGCUAAUGGAAACCCAUUUCUGUCACGAAACAAAUUAAAAGGUUCGAAAUUAUUAUUUUGUAAAUAUUUUGACUUUCUAAGUGCAAAUAUAAUGUGUCAAAAUGACGACCUGUCAUAGGGAAACCUUUUAAUCCUCUAUCGUUGCAAUGUGGGUGGAAUGUGCAAAUGAAAAAUAUUCGGCAAAGUUCCUUUCCCACUCAAAGUGAUCAUUAAAUUAAGUGAUAGUGAGUCAAAAUUAUCGCUAGCUUUUACUGCCAAUAUGAAGUUGACAUUUAAAGAAUGUAUUGCCCCAAACUGAGAAACAAUACUUGUAUUUAAAUGUAGCAAGUGGCCAUGGUGUCAGCCGGAUAAUCUAUAUUGAGCAGCUAUUGGAGAAUAAUGCACUCUGUGGAGGUAAAUGUUGGUGCAUAUAGCCCAUGCAUUAUUUUUCAAUAAUGGCAUUAUGGCAUAUGCAUUGUGUACAGAAAUGUGAUGGUUGUAAUCCGAAUUAUGAUUUGUGAUGAGGCUUGAGGAUACAGCUUUUUAGCUAAAAUUACAGGGUAAAUUGGUGGCUCCUGAGUAGCUCCGGGAUUAAUCAUUGAGGAGAUUUUAUGAGAAGAAUUUAUUGAUGUUGGACAUAACAAUGACCAUAUUUUGUUGGUUUUUACUAAAUGCAAAAAGAUUGAGUUUCAACAGGAAACCUUUACAGCCACUUAUCACUUUAUCCGUUCAUAUCAAGAAACUGUUUUUGUGACACACUAUCAGUAUAUUAAAUUAAAACGAGAAACCUUUUGUCAUUAUAACGACUCGGCAGUUUAGCUCAUUAAAACAAUAUUAUAAUGUCAUGAGAAAUAAAUGACUCAAUCAAAGCCUGAAAAGAAGACACACGACCAAACCAUGAGCUCAUAGUCAUAAAAUAACAUAAAAUAACACCACAUUCUUACUCCCCAACGACUAAAAACCCGGAUGGAAGUAGCUCUGAUCUGAAUGUUAGAAUGGUCGCCCUCACUCAUCACUAGAUGCACUCACAGCCAAUAAGCUUUACAAGCAAUAGUGAGUGAAUUACAGGCGCCGCACUGUAAUGCUCUGGGGUUUCUAACCCCACAUUCCUGACAUGAAUGUUUCUGGAUGAAGUGAUAUUCUGUCUUAACAAAAAGUUUCCUGUUCAUACUUAAUAAAUUGGUUUAUAUAAAAAAAAAGAAGGAAAAAAUACAUCAUUAUGACACGAUAAUAUCUUUUUGAUAUGAGACGCUGAGCAAAUAGCUUUUGUAACGACGUCAACACAACCUGCCAAACGAGUGAGUCAUCCCCAUCAGCAGCUCGGUCACUCCACCCAAACACGCGGCGGCACAUCAUUACCGAUCCACACGCCCUGAACGGUUGCCCUGGCAACCAAAGUAACAAUCAAAAUCAUUGUUAAUUGAUUUUUAUUUAAGAUUAAUGUUUAUGUAUCUAUGAUUGAUGGAUCUGACGCGCAAUGACAUAUUUUUUUAAUUAUUAAUUAUUUUUAUUAUCAAAACCAAUGGUACAUUUAUCGAACGAGGGAUAUGUCACAGUAAGUAAUUAUUUAAAAGAUAUCCCCAUAGACUUCUUUCUACAAACGCAUCCAUGCAGGGUUGACAUCCCAGUUGUGGGUGUGGCCUCCUCUGACCAGGCCCAACAGUGUGCGGGGUCAGAGGUGAAGCUCGCUUGACCGUGUGGACCAGAUAGAGCAGUGAAAAGCAGCAGGACACACCAUUUCAACAUCAGUAUCAUAAGAACAAAUAUGUCAUUGCAGGUCAACAACACCAAAGGUUUCUCCAGUUUUAGUGAAGAGCUUUCUUGGGCGAUACAGCUUUCUUUUUCCCCCCAGAAUUUGAAGGACAACCAGUGUAGUGCUUUGCCCCUCUACAGCAUCCCCUCAAUUACAUGUCAAUUUUGGGCUACUCAACCUAAAAAUGUACAAACAUUAUUUUUUUCUUUAUGCCUUAAAACAUUAACAAACGUGCGACAGUGAUCUGGAAGGAAAUGGUAUCCAGAAUAUACAUCGAUUUAAAAAAAUGUAUCUGUCUGCCGGAAUAGCUAUGGCAGGAAACUAUGGCAUAUUCUUAGAGAAUAAAAAAACUUUAAUUAAUGAUGACCUUGAAUGUUAAGCGGUAUUGAACAGUAGAUUUCUUCUCUGAACUUGAAUGAGUGAGACGGUUCAUUCUUGACCUUGGGAAAAGUAGUUUCCACAAAAUAAUCUUGACUCACUUCACAAUGUUGUACUUAACCUCUCGUCUUCAUCAGCGGAUGGAGUGUGUUCACUUGACAAGGCCAACUUGAAAAGGAGCCGCAAUCAUGUGACAGCCAGUGAGUCAUUAUGAUGCUCACAAGGAGUGAGAUUUUCAAUUUAAGACCGAGAUGGAUGUCUAAUUACCACCAGAAGCAUCCAAAUGAGCUCCAGCCACGGUAUUCAAGUCAAUGGGAGUCCACUGGAAACCAUUCGGUACCUUAAGAUCUCUGCUGGUUCACCAAGACAAGACCCUCGUGAACGUCCCCCAAAGCAACGUUAGUAAGGAAUGCUAUAUUGGCGAAACCACAACGACAUCAAUAACCAAAACUGGUCAAAGCAGUUUAGUUUAGUUCAUAGACUGGAUCCCCGUUAGCCGACGCCUUAGCCACUAAUCUUCCUGGGGUUCACACAGCCGUGACGGGGAAAGGGUCCAGAGGAACGUCGUUCAACAUCAUCGAUGGAGGUAGUUGUGUGUCCUUUAGGUUGCGAGAAACGAAAGGUGUGGAGGUCAAGUUAACCUUCUUAACAUAAAUGUCCCUCCUGUCCUUCACCGUACUGCAUUUGCCAUAACCACAAACGCUCCCAACCCUUCACCAUACCGUAGUUGCCGUGUCGAGAUUUAGUUGAAUUGCCACAUUGGCAGAAGACGUUCAAAUGUCUCUGAACAGACUGAGUUUUGGCAGAAUUGCCCCCAUGUAUGAAUGAAAGGUCAUCACAUGGCCGACGUUCCUUAGAAACUGAACUCUCUCUCUCUUUGGGACAAUUGAGCAAACUCUGCAGUCGAAGACGGCGAGAUGUAAACUAGCCAGUGAGUGAGUGGAGAAUAUUUUUGUCAAAGAAUAUAAGCGUGUCUUAUUUGAUGUUUUGGAGUCGAAGGUUUCGGGGACUGGUGAGCAGGCUGUUGCUGUGUUGUCCUGUAGGCUACUGCCCUCUGUUUGUGAAGUCUAUGUUUCUGUUGUCUUCAGUCAGCUGGUGUCGGUCCGUCUUUGUACAUCUGUACUGAUCAGAAGUAAGCACAAGGCUACAUGUCAGCUUCAGUGAACUCCUCUUGUUGAUGUUUUGUGGUUACUUCUGUCAUUCAGAGUUAAUUGUUACCGUUUGCCUUCACUCGAUUUCAUUCUUACCAGGCCCUUUCAAGGGGAGGACAGAUUUAUCAAAUUUGGGGAUGGCGUUCUAUACGAUAAUCUCCAGUCAUGACAAAUCAACACAACCAUCGUGCAUGCAUCAUUUACCUUUAAUAACACUGUGUACAGUAAUGUUCCCCCGGCAGUGGGUGAAGAGGUAUUGAUGCUGUCAUUUUCUCAAAAGGCUUCCUUUCCAUCAUGGCCACUGGAAUAUAUGCCAAGAGAAAUCCAAUGAAAGACAAAAGGGUGGAAUGUAAAAUACAGGAAAAUAGAUUUUCACCCCCCAAAAAAUCAAAAAUAAAGGCUCAUUUUAUAAAUACUAACUACUUUAAAUACUAAAAGAAUUCCUGCACAUGAUUGGUGGCAUGUUGGAUACUGGGUGUUGCUGAUAUCUUGUGAAAUUUCCUCUGGCUUCAUGUUUUGUUGGUCACAGACUUUGUAGAAUAAUGGUUGUUAAAAACGUCUUAGGGGAUAUGCAAUGAGAAUAAGUAAGUAGAGAAUACUAGGAUCACAUGUAAAUAGGAACGUUGAUGUUGUGUGAAAUACUUGAAAUCCCUUUAAUUAGUUGUUCUUGAAUGUGCUAAAGCUGUGUCUUGUAGAGGCAACCUCAUACUCCUCAUGACAGGAUCAGGAUAGGCGAUAAGAUGCAUGUACAAUGUAAUGAAGCACAGUGUAGCCAAGGACCCGAGAGUAUUUCUAAGUGCCUGAAUACUUCUCUCAUCAUUUUAUUUUUUUAUUUACGUCUUCUUUCUCCAACUCUGGUCUUGGUUCUGAAGCCUCUCUUAGUUUAGGAUUAUCUCUGUUUUAGUGGAUUUGUCGAUUUUAGGUUAAUUUUGCAAAUUAGAAAGAAGACGAAAAACAGGACUCAACCACGCUGAUGUAAAGAGCUGUUCAACUAAACUAUACUGUACCAUAUCACAGUUUUCCGUGCACAGACAAGAUGUGAUGUAGACCGAACUCACAGUUGAGGCUGAACAUGUUAGCACUGACUAUCAUGGUUGUGUUGUAAUAGCAUGACAUCCAGAAAAUGAAAUAAAGGAGGUAUGCAUUGGUU